AUGACGAUCGAGAACCGCCCCGCCCCGGCCGCCGACGAGGCGGAUAAGCACGCCGCAGCGUAUGACCCGCGUGACGACAUCUCCGAGUUCUCCGACCUGUCCGACGCCGAGCUCGACGUCGGGCUGUCCGCCGACGCCCUCGCGGCCCUGCAAGACUUCUACACGGAACAGCAGGCCACCCAAGACGCGCUCGACUCGCUUGCCGACCUGCUCCAGCGCACCGAUGUCGACAGCGACGACGAGACCCCCGCCCCGGUCACGCCUGAGGACCUGCCGCUGAGCAUGGACCUGUUCCCCGAGGAAUGGGGCAUGAGCCAGUUCUGGAACGACGAGGCGAGCGCUGCGGCGUUGGCGGCUGAGGCGGCCGUGCAGGCUGGGCCUGAUGGAUUGAUUGUGGCGAUUUCGUCGCCGAGCACUUUCCUCGCGCUGAAGAAACUCCGCGUCCCCAACCCCCUCCUCCUGCUCGAGUUCGACCCCCGCUUCGCCGUCUGCGACGAGUUCCGCCGGUACGACGUGCACGACCCGCUCGACCUGCCCGGCCUCGACAGCGUGCGCGGCACCGCGGCGGUCAUCAUCGCCGACCCGCCGUACCUCAACGCUGCGACCAUGGGGAAUACCGCCAAGACGAUGAAUGCGCUCGCGGGGGAGGACUGCAAGUUUAUUGUGGCGACUGGCUGGGUCGUCCGCGACACCAUCAAGUCGACCCUCAACGCCCGCAUCACAGCCUACCGCCCGCACCACCGCGGCGGGCUGGCCAACGCGUUCCGCACGUACCUCAACUACACGAGCGCCGACCCCGCGUUCGCGUUCGCCGACGACGAGGACGACGGCGAUAACGACUUUGCAGACGACGUCGCGGCGCGCAAGCCGCAGAUCGGCAUGAUCGUGCCCGACGUGCCCGAGCUGCGGUCGGCGUAG